AUGUCUGAAGUAACCAAUAUAGCGGUCGCUACUUCCUUGGCCACUUCAUCACCCGCAGCUCCGCCGGCGGCAGCAACCAACCAGACCAAUGUCGUGACCCACGCAGCAAUGGAGCUGGAUCCUGACGAUAAUGUUACCGAUGACGGAGUGUCAGAAGUUACAAGCCUUACUUCGUCAACUACCAGUGUGGCCGAGUCGAUUCUCAAUUAUCGUCUUGAAAAUGGGCGAACAUAUCAUGCAUACAAAGAAGGCAAAUACAUUUAUCCCAAUGAUGACCGAGAGGUCAAUCGUCUCGGCAGAGAAGUACGCAUUCAAAAAGCUUCGCCUCCGCUAAUAAUCUUCGCCAUAGAUCUGCAGCACAACAUGUUCGUCCGCUCCUUCGACAACAGGCUGGCUCUCGCACCGCCAAACGAUCCCGGUGCCAAGGUCGGGCGUGUGCUUGACUGUGGAACCGGUAGCGGUAUUUGGGCCAUAGAGUUCGCCGAGGAUCACCCAGAGUCUGAGGUCAUUGGCGUUGACCUCUCCGCUACUGUGCCGGCCUUGCCCCCCAACGUCAAAUUUGAAGUGGACGACGUCGAAGAGCCGUGGAUAUACUCUCAAAAAUUCGACUACAUUCACAGCCGCAUGAUGACAUCAUCUAUCGGGGACUGGAGGACAUACCUGCAAAGAUGUUACGACAAUUUGAACCCUGGAGGAUACCUCGAGCUCAUCGAGGUCGAUGGAACGGGAUAUUCUACCAAUGACUCCCUCAAUAAAGAAUCCGCAACCGAAAGAUGUCUGGAUCUAUGGCGGCAGGCCGCAGAGAUCCUCGGUCACCCCUUUCAGGAUAUCCGCCUGUUCAAGGAUAUCAUGCUCGAAAUCGGAUUUGAAGACAUCCACGUCCGGGAGGAAAAGUGGCCAAGUAACCCGUGGCCCAAAGAUCCCAAGUACAAGGAACUCGGUGCAUGGAACUUUGAGAACUUUUCGGCCAACAUUGAGGGCUUCAUCAUGGCGCCGCUUACCCGGGCCUUAAACUGGACUAAGGAAGAAUGUCUUGUUCUGGCAAUGGAAGUGCGCAAGGAGAUGAGAGACCCCAAGGUUCAUUACUGGAUGACCAUUAUGUCCAUUUACGGUAGAAAGCCCGAGAACAAGGAGGAGUAG